AGAAGUGCCUCUUCUUGUUCAGAUAUGACACUUGCAAUUAAGGCCAUUCAUUCAUUUUUCGUACCACUUAUCCUCACUAUGUUCAUGAGUGUGCUGGAGCCUAAACCCAGCUGACUCUGGGCAAGAGGCAGGCUACACACUGAACUGGUCGCCAGCCAAUCGCAGGGUACAUAUAAACAAACUAUUCACACAGUUUUACCAUGCAAAACAAGCAUGGUAGGAUAACCUGGAGAAAACCCACGGGGAGAACAUGGAAACUCCACACAGGUGAGGCCAGAUUUGAACCCUGGUCCUCAGAACUGUGAGGCAGACGUGCUAACCGCUGCAAUUCAGGCCAAAAAGUUCUAUUUUGAUUUCAUCAGACUGGAGAAUUUUGUUUCUGCAUGUCUGAGAAUCCUUAAGGUGCCUUUUGGCAAACUCCAAGAGGGCUGCCAUGUGCCUUUUGGUGAGAAGUGGCUUCAAACAUGGAGGACCCAAGCACAAGGGUUUUUACAGGGCCAUUCAGGCCAUGGUGCCGAACCCAAUGGUAAUGCAGGGGCCAGGCAAUAGUGUCUGGUGGCGGCUGCUGGAUGAGCGCCGCUGGAGCAGGGUCGGGUGGCGGCCGCUGGACGAGCGCCAACGGAGCAAGGACUGGAGGCCGCCGCUGGACGAGCGCCGCCGGAGCAGAGACGGGAGCCGGCCGCUGGACGGGAGCCGGGAGCAGGGACGGGAGCCCGCCGCUGGAUGACCGCUGCCGGAGCAGGGACGGGAGCCGCCCGCUGGACGAGCGCCGCCGGAGCAAGGACGGGAGCCGGCCGCUGUACGAGCGCCGCCGGAGCAUGGACGGGAGCCUGGCGCAGCUGCCGAGGAGCCGGGACGGCUGCCUGGCGUAGCUGCCGAGGAGUCGGGACGGGUGCUGGGCGCAGUUGCCGAGGAGCCGGGAUGGCUGCCUGGCGCAGCUGCCAAGGAACCGGGAUGGGUGCCUGGCGCAGGUGCCGAGGAACCGGGACGGGUGCCUGGCGCAGCUGCCGAAGAGCUGGGACGGGAGCCUGCUGCAGCUGAAUAAUAGAGUAAAAAUUUAAAUAAAAUAAUUACUCCCUUGUUCAAUCAUUAAUUAAUUGUGGCUAAUCACAAUUUUUGGUUAAUUUUCACUGGUCACACCCAGGCCUGAUUAUCUCCAGACCUGUUCAAUCAAGAAAUCACUUAAACAUAAUCUGUGCCGACAAAAUCAAGUCGGAUACAAGAUUUAAAACUCCUGCAACAAAAGGACAUGAUCCAAAGAAAUUCCAGAACAGUCGAGUUAUAAAGUAAUUGACAUUAGUCUGGAAAGUGUUUUCUCAAGCUUUAGGAUUUCAGCAAAUCCAUAGGAAGAGCCAUUAUCCUAACAUGGAGAAAACAUAGAACAAAGGUGAACCUUCCCAGGAGUGGCCGGCCUAUAAAGAUUACACAAGAGAACAGCAAUGACUCAUCCAGGAGACCACAAAGGAGCUCAGGACAACGUCUAAAGAAGUGCAGGCCUCCCUUGCCUCAGUUAAGAGCUGGCCUGUAUUUGGAUCCGCCUUUCUAGAGAGUACAAGAUGCAGCUACGAAGUACAUCAGCACGACUGCAUACACCACUGUGGCAAACCUGUUUAUAGCUGAGGUCAAUCACAUAAAAGAGAUCUUGGAGGAUAAUGCUGCCUGAAGCCUCAGCCCUUCACCAUUUCCUACAAUGCCAGCAAAUGAAGGCUUGGGACCAGACACUGAACCUUAUUGAGCUGAUUGCAUCAUGAUGUUGUCUUUCCUGUGGUUGGCACAUCAGUGAGAGUGGAAGUAAGAAGACCAGAGAAGCUUGGACCUUCAGGUGGCACCUUCCUCCAGCACCCAUACAGCAGCAACACCCUCACGGCCUCAUAAUUGUCGGCGGGAACAUGACGCUCUCCAAUUCCUCUGUCAGUCAGAGGUGCCACGAAGAGUUGCUGGCUCAACUGAAGUCAGCCCAGCAGAUAGAUCAACUGUGUGGUUAUACCAUGAAGGGUGAAGAAAGGUGUCAGGAGCCUUCUGCUGGAGUGGACACCACUGGAAAGCGGCCCAAACGUAAAUGCCUGCAGUGGCACCCACUGCUCUCUAAAAAGGCAUUGGAUUUCUCUGAGGAGGAAGAGGAGGAGGAAGAAGAGGAUGAAGAGGAGCUUGUGCAGGGCCAGGUGUCUCAAGGCCAGGGUGGUGGCACACCAGCGGAAGGACAUGAGGACGCAAAUGAACAGCGAGUUCGUCGGCCGAUGAAUGCCUUUCUUCUCUUCUGCAAACGCCAUCGUUCCCUGGUGCGACAUGAACACCCUCGUUUGGACAACCGAGGGGCCACCAAGAUCCUGGCUGACUGGUGGGCUGUGUUGGAGCCUCCAGAGAAGCUGAAAUACACCAAUAUGGCCAAGGAGUACAAGGAGGCGUUUAUGAAGGCAAACCCAGGCUAUAAAUGGUGUCCUACCAACAGCAAACCAGUUAAGAGGCCAUUGUGUCAGACAGUUUGUAGCGCUCGCAAAAAGGUGUGGUCCUUCACUUCAAUUACAUCCAAGGACUCACCCACUGCCAAAAACAUGUCCAAACCUGAUGUCCCACAAUUGAACUUUGCCAUGGCUGAUCCAACUAAGAUGGGUGGCCUCAGUAUGCUACUGUUAGCUGGAGAACAUGCCCUAGCAAGCCGAGAGAGUCUUUUGACCACAAAACCAAGUUUACCUGAUACAGACACGGAAGGGAGGUCCUUUCCAGAUGAAAAAGAGCAGAUUUUGUCUAGUACAAUUCCAAACAGAGUUCCUGAAACCACUGACCGCGGGGUAACAUCUGCCCUUCCCCGACAGGAAGAGCAGUCAUUGGGAUCUGUACUGCCUGACAGAAAAUCGUGCAGAUGGUCUGCACUCUUUCAGCUUGCUGAGAUGUGUUUAGCAUCUGAAACUAGGAAGAUGGACACAGCUGUAUCUCGGCAAGUAACCAGCUCAUCUUCAGCCUCUUUCCAUGAAACUACAGCAAAUAGUCUUAAAGAGGAGAACUUGGAAAAUGUUGAUUGCCCUCACACCUCAAAUACAUUACCUUCCCACUCCCCAAUCACUUUGACUGAGACAAUUUCCCUGGAACUUGACAGCCAAAAUCAAUGUGUCAAAAAGAAUAAGAAAGAGGAGGUCAUGUUAAAUGAUAAUGAUGAAACUCUACAUUCUUCAGAGCAAUUCCUUAAAAAUCCUACAGAUUCUGAUGUUGGGGUUAUCUUUGGAAUUGAGACAGUGGCUGAAAGUGUCUGGAGGGAUUCAGAGAAGCCCAAGAUGAAAAUCCAAUAUGUUUCAGGUGGUGAUAUGUCUUGUCCACCCAAAAUGAAGAGUAAGCCCCAAGUUAAGACUGUCAAAGACAAAGACCUGGUUGAUGAUAGUGGCAAGUAUGUGCAGCAUCAUGCCUGUAAGAUGGAAAUAAAAGAAGAGAUGAGUACUAUGACAGAGAAAGAAGAAACGAGUAUAGAAAGCAAGGAAAUUCCGGACAGCAUGCAGGGAUGCCCAAAGGUCCCCUACAAGUCUUCAUCUGUGAUGCUCAAAGAGGAUGACAAUAGGAUGGAAAUGCCAACUGAGGCCAAUACAAAGAUCCGUGGUGCAAGGAAAUCCGAGAGGAGCUGUAAAGGCGCCUUGUACAAGACCCUUGUUUCUGAAGGGAUGCUGACCUCGCUGAGAGCCAAUAUUGACCGUGGUAAAAGAGGUGUCUUUCGUGCUUCUGAUCAUGAAGCAAACUUUGGCGAGGAUAGCUGGACACUAUCCCAAAUGGCAUCUAAUAACACCAAGAGACUAAAAAAAUCCAAGUCCAAAGAUGAUUCUUCACAAGGAAAACUCGAAGAAGAAUUUGAAAAGAAGUUUAACAGCCUCCCACAGUAUAAUCCAACAACAUUUGAUAAGAAAUGGCCUUCUGUCAUAAAGAGAAAGAAGACUGAUUGGUCUUUGGCCCAUGAGGAGACUUCCAAAACAGACAAAGGACCAUCUCCAUCACAGAAAAAGACUUCAUUCCACAAGAUUGUUAGGAAGCACAAAUACUUAAAGGAGAAACCAGCAUUGGGACAGAGGGAUUCCACCGUGUUGCUUUCCGUUUCAAAAGCCAAAUCAUGUGCCACCAAUGCCAUAAUGUGCCCAGAUGUGCAAGGCACCGCUAGUGUGGAUAUACUAGUUGGUAGCCAGAAGAGGAAGGCUAGGAAGACAAAGAUAACACACUUCGUACGCACAGCUGAUUGCAGUGUAUCUCUGCUUGAGGACGAAAAAAUUAGGGAUCUGAACCAGGUGCAGGAGAAUAUGCCAUUACCCCAACUCACUUUAUGCAAUGAAAAAGUGUGCUACAGUGAUUCCAGACCAGUGGAGGGGAGCACUGGCACACAGGAGCUACCUGCUUUCUUCAGUUUAGCUGCUCUUGCUGAAGUGGCGGCCAUGGAAAACAUUCACAGAGGCCAGAGAGGCUUGAAGAGAGAACUUGCCCAGACUCCUGUCCUCAUCUCUUGUGCUGAUCAGUGAAACUUUGUUCCUUUGGGGAUAUGUAAAAUGUCUUUCUGAAUUUCUCUUCCCCCCUUUAGAUAUUCUGUACCUCAGUGUGUUGGUAACAUUAAUAGGUUGUCAGUUUUAUUUUAAAGUGGCCUUUAUCAGGGUCAUAACUUGCAAUUUAAAAGAAAACAUGAAAUAUGAACAGAUUUUUUUUUCACCUUUUUAAGCCACACCAUACCUGUAAGACGUUCUCUUCUGUUAAAAGGGGUGAUCCCAUCACUUCUAAUUCUAUUCGCUUUCACCUAAAUUCCUGCUAACCAGUGUAAAUGGUCACAAUGGAUAUACAGUACUUUCUUUAGUUCUGGCCUAUAAUUCAUAUAUACUGUAUGAUGUACAUUAAAUAUGAAGAAACAAUGGUUGAGCUUUUGAAAUGUUACAUUGUAUAUAUGUCCUAUAGUAUGUGUACCUACUAUACUAUACAUACUAAGACAGUAUGUUGUCGCUAACAGUGGCGGAGCUAAACUUUUAUCCCUGGGGUGGCCAGGGGGUGGCGAAGGCUAUUCCAGGAGAUCCACAGACUAUGACAAUUAAUUUGUUUUUCGACCAAUGAACAGCAAUCCGAGACUCUAAAUGUUGCAAUGUACAUGCUGAGCACACAGAAGUUGAGAUUUGUGUGCAUAAUUUAAAGUUUAUUAACAAUGUUUACAACACAAUGUACACACAAACAACUUCAACAACUGCAACAAUUUUUCAAUAAUCACAGAGUAACCCACUCACAGUUAUCCACUCACGCACUCACAGCUACUCACACUCUCUCUCACACACACACACUGCACAUACACUCAUAGAUACUCACACACACACACUUUAACUACUUUAACGUUCCCUUCUCUUUAAAAAGUUAUUUAUCUUACCCCCCUGUCUUUUAAUUUCUCAAUGAACCCUAUGAAAAAAAUGUGCCACUUUUGUUACUCUUAGCAUCACUUAUAAUUGCACAAUGUUAUCAAAUCCCCACUUCAAGCCUAAAAAAAUGUCAGGGGAAAUAGACCACUGUAGAUGUAAGUUUAAUAUUAAACUUUCAACUACUCAGUGGUUCCCAAUUGGUUUUGCCUCAGGACCCAAAAGUUAACUUAGUCAUUGUCGCAACCCAAAUUUUGACAUUCUUUCGCAACUUAAUUUUAUAUCACACGAAAAACAGCCCAGUAAUACAAAAGCCUUUAUGCACUGUUGAAAAAAAUGAAAACAGUAUAUAUAUAUAUAUAUAUGUGUGUGUGUGUGUGUGUGUGUGUGUGUGUGUGUGCGCACACACACAAGCACAAACAUGACAAGCAUUAUUCACUUUUUAUGAUGUGAAUAAAGAGGCAGACUUUUUUUGUGGCCAAAUACUUAAAUAAAAAGGUGGAAUUCACUUGAAUUAGAGGUAGGCUAUACCUGUUUUAAACAAGCUAAACUGGUGACGCUGGUGACAUUUCAGAAAUCAAACUAUGAAAUAUAAAGGCAGAAUUCACUUGAA